AUGUCUGGCAUCUUCGACUAUAUCCACCAGCUGGUGGACCAGGUGUUCGCCUUCACCAAGCUCAUCCAGAAUCGCGAAGUUGGAUGGAUGACAGUCGACCGCAAGACCGGCGAAUACAAGCGCGAGAAGCAAGCACUAUGGAAGAAGUUCAAGCUGCUGCUACUCUUCAACCCGUUGAUAGAAUGGAUUGAUCAGACUCAUCUCAUCCGAAUGUAUACGCACGAGAAGAACCUCGCUGCAGUUCGACCCAUCCGAUCCAGAGAAAUACGAGACAUUCGAGGACUUCUUCGUGCGGAAGCACGCCCCGGCGCACGACCAAUCCAUGCACCGAACGACCCCACAAAGGCCACCGUCGUUGCUGACUCACGAGUCGUCGUCUAUCCAACCGUCGAAGCUACUCGCAGGCUCUGGAUCAAGGGUUCCGAGUUCACCACUGCCAAUCUCAUUAAAGACAAGGACCGCGCAAAGGCGUGGGAGAACGGCGCGGUGGCAAGCUUCCGUCUGAGUCCCCAGGAUUACCAUCGGUACCACUCCCCCGUCGAAGGCAAGGUGAAGUGGUAUAAGCAGAUUCCCGGGGAUUACUUCCAGGUUGAUCCCGUGGCGCUGCAGAGUUCGGUCAACAUCCUGACGGAGAAUGCGCGGUGCUGUGUGUGCAUUGAGACUGAGGAUUUCGGGCUUGUUCUUUUCGUGGCCAUCGGUGCUACUGAUGUCGGGACCGUGGAAUUCAAUGAGGAAAUGAUGACUGCGGGACACCAUGUGAAGAAAGGCGAUGAAAUCGGGCUUUUCCAAUUUGGCGGCUCAAGUAUCCUAGUGGCUUUCGAGAGAGAUCGGAUUCGAUUCGACGAGGAUCUGGAGAAGUUGAGCCAUCAGCAGAUCAUGGUGGAUGUUGAGUCACAGCAAGCCUUUAAAAUGUCUAGUCACAUGCUCCUCUCCAGGAGGAUACGCUAA